AUGCAUGCACGUACUAUGUCCGGCAAGCGUCUGCUGGACGUGAUCCAACUCCUCAAUGUCGCCAAGUCUAUUGCAGUGAAGCACCUGGCCGUGCGCCAGGAUCAGUUGGAUAUCUUCACGAGAACCUCUUCGCUCACUAAAGGGAUCAAAAGCCAGGCCGAUGACCUGGUUCUGACCGCUCAGGCAGCCGCGGCGCUGGCAAAGCGAUUCAACGAGCCCCUUCCUUCUGCGCCCUCGCCCAAUUCCCAGUCCGCCGACCUUGCCCGUCCGGCCAACCCGGAACGGAAAGGAAAGGGAUUCCAGCAACAGUCGGAGUUCCAGAUUCCUGCAACUGCCGCAAAACAUACCGUGGAGGAUGAGGUGAGCAAUGUGGACAUCAGCAGGCAGAAGGACGUAUCCUACAGGCCGUCUCAACGGUCAACCCCGGACCUAUCAGGUCUUUCCAGGGUUAAAUUACCCCAAACCAGUGAGGUGCAACAAAGUCGCUUCCAGAAUGAGAUCAAUGCAGAUGUUUUCCACUCGUCCGCAGGCUCCGAAGAGCCGACCGCAAAGCAAGAAGGUGUAUCGGACGAUAUGGUGAAUCAGAUUUUCCACAGCCCUAGAGUUGCCAGGAUCCUUUCCAGGAAGCCGGCGGUAAACUCAACUUCGAUUCCUUGUACAGGGGAGGUUAAACAGUUGGAUCAGGAAAGCAUUGGAAAUGCCGGGUUGGGUGGUACAGACGACAUAGGCUCAACUGGACCAAAAACAACCCCAGAAACUGUAGCGGACCUGAAUCAACGCGACGCCUAUACGAUGGUCGAGUCCCGCAUUCCGUCAUCCCGUCUAGGCAGAUUAUGGCAAUAUGGCGGACUGGCGACGUCCAUGGCCUUUGGAGCCGUCGGGGAGGGCCUGAAAAGGGUGACAAGGGGCAAUGAGGACAAUUCUGGAUCACUCAUGUUUAACGCUGGAAACAUGGAGCGCCUCGUGGCCAAGCUCUCGAAGAUGCGCGGAGCUGCACUUAAAUUAGGGCAAAUGCUCAGCUUUCAAGACGCCAAAAUGCUUCCGGAAUCAAUUCAAAUAGUCCUUCAGCGGGUCCAAGACCGGGCAGACUACAUGCCAGCCUCCCAGCGCGACAAGGUUCUAGCCGAUAACCUAGGUUCUAAUUGGCGUGACCUAUUCUCUUCCUUCGAUGAUGUUCCCAUGGCUGCGGCUUCAAUCGGUCAAGUCCAUGGAGCCGUGCUCAAAAGGACCGGUCAGCGGGUUGCGGUCAAAGUCCAGUAUCCCGGUGUGGCGGAUUCCAUUGACUCGGAUCUGAACAAUCUAUCAAUUCUCCUGACGGCAUCCCGUCUCCUCCCUCGAGGCCUCUACCUGGAUAAAACAAUCGCCAACGCUCGAACGGAACUCGCAUGGGAAUGCGAUUACAUCCGAGAGGCCGAAAGCGCCAACCGCUUUCGAAAUCUCCUCAAGGAUGACACCGUCUUCUUAGUUCCCGAAAUCUUCCCCGAGGCCUCGGGUAGGCAGGUCUUGACCAUGGAGCGUCUGGAUGGCAUUGCCGUCACCAAGAUCCAGGAUUUCACCCAAGCGCAGCGCAAUUGGAUCGGCACCCAGAUUCUGCGCCUGUGCUUGCGAGAAAUUGCCGAAUUCAAAUACAUGCAGACGGACCCAAAUUGGACCAACUUCCUCUACAACGCGCAAACCAACCGUUUAGAACUUCUAGAUUUUGGCGCCUCGCGCGAGUAUCCCGAUGAAUUCAUCACGAAAUACGUCCAGACUCUGGCCGCGGCCUCCCGCAACGACCGGGAGACCUGUCACCAUCUAUCUAUUGACUUGGGGUAUCUGACCGGCCAUGAGUCGAAAGCCAUGGUGGAUGCGCAUGUCACGUCGAUUCUCACCCUGGCGGAGCCGUUCAUGGACUCCUCUCCCGGUGUUUACGAUUUCAGAAACCAGACGAUUACGGACCGUGUGCGCGAUCUGAUUCCCGUCAUGAUCCAAGAGCGACUCACGCCUCCUCCAGAGGAAACUUAUAGUUUGCACCGGAAGCUCAGCGGGGCGUUCUUGCUCUGUGCAAGGCUGGGAAGCCAAGUGCGCUGUAAGGACCUAUUCGCCGACGCGAUGCAAAAAAGAUAA